AUGUCUUCGCCGUCAACAGCACAAUUAAUUCUUAAUGCUUCUCGUCUAUAUUCAGUUUGUGUCAGUUUUAUUAUUUUAUUUGGUGGCGUUUUUGGACAUCUUGCUAAUAUAUUUGUAUUCACUCGUCUGAAAAGUUUCCGCGGAAAUCCUUCUGUUUUGUAUAUAAUCUUAGAGUCGAUUGUUGAUUUACUUCAAAUGAUUGUUUCAUUUACAUUGCUUAUUGCAAUCAAUGGCUUUUCUGAUGAUCUAACGCAAACAUCAUUGGCUUGGUGCAAAUUAAGUCAAUUUUUCCUGCAAUUUUUUACUCUCAUUUCACUUAAUAUUGUUUGUUUGGCUGCCAUUGAUCAAUAUUUAUCAACAAGUUAUUAUCCAUUUCUAAGACAAAUCAGUACGAUCAAAUCAGCAAAAGUUCUAACUACGAUUGCAAUUAUUGCUUGGACCCUACAUGGUAUACCAUUUCUAAUCUAUUUUGAAAUUCAUUCAAUCUUCGGAUGCAGUGUACAUAAUCAAAAUUUUCUAAUUUAUAUUUCAUAUUUUUAUUAUCUUAUUCUUUCUGGUGUUUUACCGAUCAUUGUUUCGACAUUUUUCGGUGUAUUAGCUUAUCGAAAUGUUCGUCAUCUUGUGCGACGUCAACAGGCAAUGCGUCGACGAAAAUUAGACCAACAAUUAACAGCAAUGAUUAUUCUUCGAGUUCUUUUUCUAGUCACUACAAUAUUACCGUAUGCUGUGGAACGAUCUUAUACAUUUAGUACGCUCGCAGAUGACAACCUACUUGAACGAGCCAUUAUACAACUUAUUGGAGCAAUUACUUUUUCAUUAUUUUAUCUUAAUUAUGCAGGUUCAUUCUAUUUAUUUUUAAUAUCGUCAACGAGAUUUCGCCGACAAGUAAAAUGUGUUUUUGUUAACAAAGUUUGGCGACUUUAUUGCAGAAAAACUGUACGACAAAACCAAAUUAUGCCAAUUACUCUAAACCCCAACAGUGAAUAUGAUUGA